CCGCCCCCGGGGCCGGUGGCGGCCGCAGCAGGCCCGGCGGGGUGGGCGGCCCGGCGCUGUCAGUCCCCGCGCGGCCCCGCCCUGCCCGGCUCAGUCCCGCUCGCCGCGGAGCCCGAACAGCCGGAGCCAGCGAGACCCGCGGCCGAGCAAUGGCAGCCAUCAGAAAGAAGCUGGUGAUUGUGGGAGAUGGCGCCUGCGGGAAGACCUGCCUGCUGAUCGUGUUCAGCAAGGACCAGUUCCCUGAGGUCUACGUGCCGACAGUCUUUGAGAACUACAUCGCUGAUAUCGAAGUAGAUGGAAAGCAGGUGGAACUGGCCCUUUGGGACACGGCGGGGCAGGAAGACUAUGACAGGCUGAGGCCCCUCAGCUACCCAGACACGGACGUUAUCCUCAUGUGCUUUUCCAUCGACAGCCCAGACAGUCUAGAGAACAUUCCUGAGAAGUGGACUCCGGAAGUGAAACACUUCUGCCCCAACGUGCCUAUCAUCCUGGUCGGAAACAAGAAGGACCUACGGAAUGAUGAGCACACCCGGAGGGAGCUAGCAAAGAUGAAGCAGGAGCCAGUGAAGCCAGAGGAAGGGAGGGACAUGGCUAACAGAAUCAACGCCUUUGGAUACCUCGAGUGCUCCGCCAAGACGAAGGAUGGCGUGCGGGAAGUCUUUGAGAUGGCCACUCGGGCCGGCUUACAAGUCAGGAAAAACAAGAAGCGUAAAGGCUGCCCACUCCUGUAAAGCAGCAAUGCCCGUGAAGAAUGUGACUGCCAUCUGUACUGUAUCUGUCUUUUCCUGCACCCCCACGUGUGUGAGAAUGGGGUACAGGAUGGGAAGAGCGCUGUUAGGUCUGAUGUCUAGAGAAUAUAAUGUGGCCUGCACCCCGCUGCCCAAAACCCACUACCUGAAGCACAUAUGGGGAGGUGUCUAGUGGUGCUUCUCUGUGCCAUGCGUGGACUGUCCUCCUAAGCCGGUCCUGGGCUCUGAAGGGCCAAAUGUCUUUGGACCAUCUUUGGCAGACACUUCUGUUUUGUAUACACCAUACAGUGCAUUUGAGUAGCUCUCGGUGUUGUACUUCAGUCCCAUUUUAUACUAAUCCCUCAUCCCCUGUUCCUGUCUGAUGCUCUGUACAGAUUCUCUGCAAUAUUUAAUCUCUACUUUCAUACUGUUCGAUUAGAGCAAAAUAAGGAAGCUCUGACACAGUCUGCCUGUGGGUGUGUGUUCCUGUCCUGGCAUCCUGGUUCUGUUUUCUUGAACUCUUGCUUUGUCUCCAAGCCAAGAUGUUCAGCUGCUCCUGCUCCAGGGGGGGUUGGAUUCUCCCUCUGGUUAAGGUGUACAGCACACCCACCAGCAUUUUGUACACAGAUUCACCAAGGCAGUCUCUGUUCUGUCUGUACUCAGGGCCUUGCCCUAUUCCACCAGUGCUUUGCAAGGAGCUGUGCUCUGCUACUGUCAGAAAUGCCUUCUGCUGCGCUUUCACCUUGGACCUGCACUGUGGUAGUGUCUUCUUAUCCUCUUUCAAUAAAGUAAGGCCUUGUAAAAUAA